AUGGAAGGCGACACUCUACCGCUCGCGCAAUACCUCUUCAAACGUCUGCGUCAAUUGGGUGUAGACUCUAUAUUUGGUGUACCUGGUGACUACAAUCUGACCCUUCUGGAUCACGUGGUACCCUCGGGACUCAACUGGGUUGGGAAUUGCAAUGAGCUUAAUGCAGGGUAUGCUGCGGAUGGAUACUCCCGGAUCAAAGGUAUCGGUGCGCUCGUGACCACCUUUGGCGUGGGCGAAUUAUCCGCCGUCAACGCCAUCGCAGGCGCCUAUGCAGAGAGAGCUCCAGUCGUACACAUUGUUGGGACUCCCAUGCGCGCUUCGCAGGAGUCGCGCGCAAUGAUCCAUCAUACCUUUAUUGAUGGCGAAUACCAACGGUUCGACCGCAUGCAGGAACAUGUCACGGUAGCGCAAGUCAGUCUGAGUGAUCACCGCACGGCGCCUGCCGAGAUCGACAGAAUCCUGCUGCAGUGUCUGCUGCAUAGUCGACCGGUGCGCAUUACUAUCCCCGUUGACAUGGUCCCCGUGCUUGUCCCCACUGCGGGGUUGGCGUCCAAGCUCGAGAUCCCGCCUCCCGUGCGCCAGCCCCAGGUGGAGGAGGCGGCCCUGACUGCUGUGUUGGAGAGGAUCUAUAACGCGAAGAAGCCCAUGAUUCUGGUUGACGGAGAGACAAGAGCUUUUGGUACUGUUAAUGAAGUGAAUCAAUUUGUCAAGACGACGGGCUGGCCUACGUUUACAUCCGGCUUCGGCAAGGGGCUGGUCGACGAGACUCUACCCAACGUCUACGGAGUGUAUAGACCGGCUCACAAGGAGUUUGUCGACUCUUGUGACCUGGUCCUGGCUUUUGGACCACACUUUAGCAACACCAACACCUACAUCUUCUUGGUGAGACCGCAGGACGAGACGAGUGUUCUACUCAAUCCAACCUCCGUUCAAGUCAAUAAAGACAUUUACCGAGAUCUCCCAGUCAGUUAUUUCAUCCAGCAGCUCACACAACGACUGGACACAUCUAAGGUCCCCGCGCACAAGCAUAAUCUGAUCCACCCCACGGCCCAAGUACUCCCCGAAGUACCUCCUACCGACCUCGUCACACAGACUGCAGGCUUCUGGAGACGGCUGUCGCCCUUCUUUCGCUCUGGUGACAUCGUCCUCGGUGAAACGGGAACGCCAGGCUACGGCGCCAACGACUUUAUCCUCCCCCCGCAGACUCGUCUCUUCAAGCCAGUCACCUGGUUGUCCAUUGGAUACAUGCUCCCGGCUACGCUGGGGGCGAGCUAUGCGCAGCGUGAUCUGAUUUCGCGAAACGAGUACCACAACAUCUCCACCGCCCGAACAAUCCUCUUCAUCGGCGACGGCAGCUUCCAAAUGACCGUUCAAGAGCUGAGUACUAUCAUCCACCACAAACUCAACGUUAUUGUCUUCUUAAUCAAUAAUGAUGGCUAUACAAUCGAGCGGUGCAUCCAUGGCCGGAACCAGGCGUACAACGAUGUCGCCCGGUGGCGGUACCUCAAGGCCCCGGAGCUAUUCGGCGCGGAUCAAGAGGGCGAGUACGCGGCGCGGACAUGGGAGAUUCGCACAUGGGCGGAUUGCGAAGCCGUGCUGAAGGACGACCAGCUGGUGAAUGGUAAAGGCCUGCGGAUGGUGGAGGUGUUUAUGGACAAAUUUGACGCGCCGGAUGUGUUGAUGAAUUUGCUGAAUGCGCAGAUUGCGAGGGACAAUGCGCAGAAAUAA